AUGCCCCGUGCAGUUAAAGGUCUUCUUAUCGAAUGCGAUCCUUCGAUCAAAUCCAUGAUUCUCAAAUACGACGAAGAGCGACGUGACUAUAUUGUGGAGGACUUGGAUGAUGAGAACCAUCUCGUGAUCAAAGAGAGCCAGUUGGAAAACUUGAAAUUACGGCUGGACAAGGACCUUGACGAGAAGAUUAUGCAACUGGACGAAUCCGAAUCCGAGUAA